AUGGUGGACGAGAAGCUCAAGGGAGCCAAGGUCAUCUUUGUCCUUGGCGGUCCAGGCAGUGGCAAGGGCACACAAUGCGAGAAGAUCGUGGCCAAGUACGGUUUCAACCACCUCUCCAGCGGUGAUCUCCUUCGCGAUGAGGUCCAAUCCGGAUCGCCUCGUGGCAAGGAGCUGCAGGCUAUCAUGGAGAAGGGAGAACUCGUCUCCUUGGAAGUCGUCCUCGCGCUCAUAAAGGAUGCAAUGCUGAAGCUCAUCGACAAGAGUCCCUAUUUCCUUAUUGACGGGUACCCGCGUGAACUUGAACAAGGAACUCUGCUGUAUUUUGAGGUGAGUGAGGAGGUGAUGAAGCAGCGUCUUCUCAAACGCGGUGAGACGAGCGGUCGUGCCGACGACAACGAAGCCACCAUUGUGCAGCGUUUGAAGACUUUUGAGGAGAAGACUGAACCUGUCAUUAAGCACUACACUCAAAAGGGUAAAGUUAUCAAGAUUGACGCUUCAAAGACCAUUGAUGAAGUGUUCGCUGUCGUUGUGCAGGAAUUUGCAAAGAAGGGAAUCAAGUAG